GGCUAUCGGCUAUCGGCGGGCCCAGCCAGAAAGAGAGACACGAGGGCGAGUUGAAAAAGAAGAAGCGAGUGCUUGAACGGAGGCGAGCUAGUGUCACUCGAGUUAGGCGGCUUUCGCGAACGGACGUCCCUUUUUGCUCGCUUUUCUCUUUUCACCGAACAGACCUUCAGUUCAAGAUGCACUCGAGUGUGGCGCUCACUGUGAGCUUCUUAUUGGUGUGGAGUGGCGUGGUACUGGCCGAGGAUAUCACCAAGGAAGAGGGCGUGUUGGUCCUGACCGAGAAGAACUUUGACUCGGCCGUGGCUGACAAAGAGUACGUCCUGGUGGAAUUUUAUGCCCCCUGGUGCGGCCAUUGCAAGGCCUUGGCUCCGGAAUACGCCAAAGCCGCCGGACUGUUGAGCGAAAAGGACUCCAACAUCAAGUUGGGCAAGGUGGACGCCACGGAAGAGCCCAAGUUGGCCGAGAAAUUCGAGAUCCGAGGCUAUCCUACCCUCAAGUUCUUCAAAUCCGGCAAGGCCGUGGAAUACACCGGAGGACGAACGGCCGAUACCAUUGUGGCUUGGGUGGAAAAGAAGACCGGACCUCCUGCUGCGGCUUUGAGUGAUGCGGCUGCCGCCAAGGCCUUCAAGGACGAGAACAAGGUGUCGAUUGUUGGCUUCUUCAAGGAUCAAGCCUCUGAGGCGGCCAAGGCUUUCUUGGAAGUGGCUUCCAACAUGGACGACUUCAAGUUUGGUAUCACAUCCGAAGAGGCCGUGUUCGGUGAAUACGACAUUACCGGGGAUGCCGUGGUCUUGUUCAAGGAGUUCGAUGAAGGCCGCAACGACCAGACCGAAGACUUCUCCGUGGAGACCAUCACGGCCUUUGUGGCCUCCAACAGUUUGCCUUUGGUGGUGGACUUCAACCACGACACGGCCCAAAAGAUCUUCAGUGGCGAGAUCAAGACCCAUUUGUUGAUGUUCGUCUCCUACAAGGGCGACGAAUACCAAAAGCAAGUCGAGAUUGCCCGAUCCAUCGCCAAGGACUACAAAGGCCAAGCCUUGUUCGUCACCAUCGACACUGACGAGGAGGACCACAAGCGCAUCCUGGAGUUCUUCGGCAUGAAGGAGGAUGAGCUGCCGGGUAUGCGACUCAUCAAGUUGGAAGAAGAGAUGGCCAAGUACAAGCCCGAGGAUGGCUCUUUGACGGAGGAGAAUAUCCGUACUUUCGUUAAGGACUUCAUGGAUGGCAAGCUCAAGCAACACUUGUUGUCCGAAGAGGUGCCCGAGGAUUGGGACAAGGAGGCCGUCAAGGUUUUGGUGGGCAAGAACUUUGAGGAAGUGGCCAAGAACAAGGAUAAGGACGUGCUCGUUGAAUUCUAUGCCCCCUGGUGUGGACAUUGCAAGCAAUUGGUGCCCAUCUGGGAUCAAUUGGGUGAGAAGUUCAAGGAUAACGAUAACAUCGUGAUUGCCAAGAUGGACUCAACCGCCAACGAGUUGGAAGAUAUCAAGAUCCAGGGCUUCCCCACCAUCAAAAUGUUCAAGAAGGGAGACAACAAGGUCGUCGAUUACAACGGUGAGCGCACGCUCGAAGGCUUCACCAAGUUCUUGGAAUCUGAUGGCAAGGAAGGAGCCGCUUUUGAAGGCGAGGAGUCCGAUGAAGGUGCCCACGACGAGUUGUAAAAAGUACCCAAAUCCUCUUCCGUUAACUAUAUUAUUAUUAUUAUUAUCACAAGCAAUCCUCCCACUCUGCUACUCGUGAAGCGGUCGCAUUCACUGGCUGUGAUAGACUAGCUUGCAGUCCGUUCCUCCUUCAUACUUAACCCACAAACCUUGCCCAUAAAACCUCCCCCUUACAACCCUCAAAUUUUCCUCAUUUAUGUAAUCACUGAUCACUUAAGCUCUUCCAUUGUGAAUGCAUUCAUCAUGAUGCCCUGUGAAGACUAACAAUGAACAUCAACUGGUGUAUGAAGAUGAGAGGCCCACUCCUAAGAUGAUGCUGACGGCAUUUCACACUUCUCGCUCAUCUGUUCACUCCUUGUCAAGAGUAUUUGGCCCUGAGCUACAACUUUGUGUUUUUGUGUAAGCAUAAUAGGCCACAACUCUGGGGGAUUCCUUAGUUUCCCCCCACUACAAAUUGAACUUCAAUCAACAAUCGGGCCUAUCUUUGUUUCUACUCAAUUGUGAAACCCUAAAUGAAAACGAACUGUUAUUUUCUUUAGAGAACAUUUUUCAAAUUCUUUUAUAGCUCGUUGCUAAUAAACGCUCCUGUGGAGGAAAAAUC